UCUCUAAUGUGCAUGCAUACAAACACACACAAUGUCAACCAUGCUUUGUUAGGCACAAGCUCAAAUAUGUGGACACAGAUGGGAACGUAAAUUCCAAUAUUGAAAUUAUUUUCUCAAAUCAGGAAGAAAUGUGCAAUGAACUGGGUUUAAUCUCUCUUUACACAAAUGGUCUAUUCGGUCUAAACCUUUUAGUUCUUUUAUUGUAAAGUGACGUAGCAACAUCCGCUUUAUUACCAUCAUCAUAGGCUACUGUCGGCACCUCAUUCAGUGCACGACGUACAUUAUUAUCUAAAAAGGCGAGAAUAUUCCCAAAUGUAUUAUUAUUUAAUGACAGACACGUGGAUCAAGACACUUUGGAAUGCCCAGAGUCUUUUUUUAUAAGGUAACAUUAAUACAUAAUCAAAUACACCUCAUAAUAUUUUUAUUGAUAGGCCUAAACAUAAAAAAAAUCUGACUCGCUUUUCAAUAAGGACCAAAAACAUACACAAAUAUGACUUCCUGUGUCAAUCUUAUAACACCUUACAGUCAUUAUCAAACUUACAACAACUGAACUGCAGAUCUUAACACUAAAGCAGCGAGGAGCGUUUAUAAAAUAUGAGAAUCUGUGAGGCUGCUGUGGUUCGUUGUUUUACAGCAUGUUAUUACAUUUAUUUUACGAGGACUUGCAACUCGGAACUCUAUAAAAAACUUUACAAGGCUAGGGCAUGACAUACCUUAUGACGAAAUUUUGCAAGAUUUUACACUGAAUCGUUCGUUAAGCUAUCAGCGGUGAGGGCUACCACUGCAAUAAAUGUAUGUAUUAGUAUGACCUUGUUUAAAACAAAAAGUAUUGGUUUAAACCAUGCUCAAUGCAUAAUAUCACUACAUAGUUAAGAUUAAAAAUAUUUCUUAUCUUAUUUUUUUAGAGUACAAAUCAAAAACGCCGUUAUCAGCGGACUGAUUUACUCUCUGUAUUAGUAAAUAUGAUCACGUGAUUCAUGUAACCAAUCACUGGAGAUGAAGGCAGCAAAAAUACUAUGGUUGUUCAGAGGCAAGGUUCCGGAAACAGAGUAACGGUUUAUAUGAGUUUGAAGGAAUCCAAAAAUGUCGGGUAGUUCAGCUCUCAGUAGCUAUUAUGUGGACUCUAUUAUGGGGCACGACACGGAGGAUGUGUACGGAGCGCGUUAUGUCCAGGGCUCACACACAGUGAGGCCGUCAGGUGUGGCGGAAAAUGCGGACUUCUCCUCGUGCAGCUUCGCUCCAAAGUCAGCCGUGUUACCUGCGUCCUGGACCUCGGUUCACCAACCAUCUACUGCUGCUGCGUCCGGACUUUACCAUCCGUACGUCCACCAGACCCAUCUUUCGGACAACAGAUACGUGCGCUCCUGGAUAGAGCCAGUCUCAAGCCAUAUCUCUCUAUCGGGGCUCUACUCCAGCAGUCGGCACAGCGGCACAAAGACUCCAAGUUUACCCUCGAAAAGGACUGAGAGCGCUGCUUUUGAAACAGAAACAGUUCCCGAGUUCAGCUGCAGGGCUGUGUCCGAGAGCGUAGACAAAGCGACUGAAGAAACGGCUGCAAAUGAUAUUUCGAGUCACGAUGAACCUAAAGACGAAAAACAACAACUUGACCCAAGCAACCCUGCAGCAAACUGGAUCAGUGCAAGAUCAACAAGAAAGAAACGUUGCCCGUACACAAAAUAUCAGACUCUAGAAUUAGAGAAGGAGUUCCUUUAUAACAUGUAUUUAACGAGGGAUCGUCGUUAUGAAGUUGCACGAAUCCUGAAUUUAACAGAACGGCAGAUUAAAAUCUGGUUCCAGAACAGAAGAAUGAAAAUGAAGAAGAUGAACCGAGAGAGAAGCAGCAAAGAUCCUUAGUGAACAGUGUGCUUCAACUUAAUAUCUUAUAAUGCGAAUUACUUGAAAUUAAUGGUUAUUCCACAAUAAAUUAUACCUUAGCUUGGCUUAAAACACCUAAAAUCUGUUUCCUAGAUCCAUGGUGGAGUAGUUCAGGAUCUGAUAAUUCAGUGUCCUAUAUUUCAAAGUAAAAUUCAGCGUCGGAUGUUACUUAUUCUUAUUCAUAAAAAUCCUACCACUAAAAUGUCUUAUAGGCAAUUAGGAUAUGGUUCGUGGUCUGAUCAGUUCUUAAUGUGCUGAGCUGUAAUUAUGUCCAUAAUGCAUGCAAAACCUGCUCUUCACCUUCAUGCAUCCACAUGUGAUAAUUUACUGUGCCGUUUAUUUCUGUCUGUAAAUUGGACAUUAUGUACAAUCUCAUAUUUUUAAUCUAUCGUUUCAGAACUAGUGUAUUUCAAGUUGAAGCUCUUGCUGGUGUGGUAGAUGCAUCAACACGGUCUAAAAAAGAAAAAAAAUAUUUCCUUUUUUUUUCACAGUGAAGCUUCAGUGUUUUAUAAUGAAUUUUGGUGUAGACAAGCUUUGUUAAAUACUCUACACGUGCACAUACUGUGAAAUUGUUUGUCUCUCUUUUUAGACCAUGUUUUACAAAUAAAUUGCAUAUGUACA